GCCCACCGCCGGCAAGCCCCACCUGCUGCCACCUGCCACUACCAGGCCCGUGAAGCCACAACCGUAGUGACACAGCGCGGCGCCCCCGCUUUAAUUACUGCGGCGACCCUUGCAUGGAUGUCACGACGCUUCCCGUGGGUCACCAGCCCCUGCCGUGACCAACGUGCCCAUACCGCGCCGCGCGCCCACAGGCGGGAAGCCUCUCGUCACCCUCACCGACUGAGCGAUCAGUCCGGGGUGUGUUCCUGCUGGGCUGUCGCCCGCCACCCUCUAUCCGCUGUCCGCGUCUCGCUGUGGUCUGCCGCUGUGCAAAAGUCACUAUUUUUGUUACUGUGCUGUCGGGGAUGUGAAGGUCUCGCCAAGUGUGUGUGUGUGUGUGUGUGUGUGUGUGUGUGUGUGUGUGUGUGUGUGUGGUGGGCGGGAGGUGUGGGCGGGAGUUGGCUCCGCCCACCGGGUAGCGAGCGGCACGUCGACACAUCGCCUCAGUUGAUGCCCUGCAAUUACGGUGUGGCGGCGAGACUCGGGGCUGUGAGUGUGCGGGGGGCGCCGUGCCGGACUGAACACGUGGCUUGCGUGCCAGUGCCCCGAACACGUGGCUCAUGAUACAGUUAUCGCGCAAGGGCGCUUCUCUUGUGCUAUUGACAAGACCACUGCAGCGCACCACCACCUGGGGACCACCUGCAGGCAACACCAACACACCGUGCAAGCAGCAGCGCUCCGCAGCUGGACCAGCCCCGCAGGGGUGACGGCCUGCCUCUGGGCGGCCUGCUGGGUCUGGUGAGGGGAGUGGGCGUGGCCCCUCACACCGCCAUGAUGGAGGUGCCCAGUCUUGUGGGCGCCCCUUCCUCCACCGCCAGCGGCGUCAGCAACAGUAGCGGCAUGAACAGCGGCGGCGGGAACGGCAGCAGCAGCAUCAUGAGCAGCGGGCCUCGCACGGCUCCCUCUGUGUUCUCAAUCUCUUCCCUGGUCAACUCCAACUCCCCUCCGCCGCCGCCCGUGACAGGUUUCCUGUCCGGCGGGCGGUCUUCCCCCAGCCCGGCCUCCGUCAUGGGCGUCGUCAAGUGCACCAGCGCCGGACCUACGCCCUCCACGCCUGUCUCGGCCGCGCCCCUAUGCUCCCCCGUCUCGCCAGGGCUCAAGGGCGGCUCCCUGACGCCCACGCCGGAGGAGGACAGCAUCGAGCCUGACGUUGACGUGACAGACGAGGGGGAGAUGGAGGGGGAGAAGGGCGUGGGCGGCGAGGGCGGCGCCGACGGGUCCAGUGGAGGCGGAGGCGGCGGCGGAGGGGCAGGAGGGGACGGAGACGAGUUCACGCCCAAGAAGAAGCAGCGUCGGUAUCGCACCACCUUCACCUCCUUCCAGUUAGAGGAGCUAGAGAAGGCCUUCGCCCGCACCCACUACCCCGACGUGUUCACAAGGGAGGAGCUCGCCAUGAAGAUUGGACUGACGGAGGCCAGAAUACAGGUGUGGUUCCAGAACCGGCGCGCCAAGUGGAGGAAGCAGGAGAAGGUGGGGCCCUCCACGCACCCCUACGGCGGUUUCCCUGUGUCGUCACCGCUGCCUCUCCAAAACCCCGCCCUGCCGCCCACCAUCUCCAGCCCCUUUGCUGCCAGCCUCGGGUACAUCAGGAAACCUCCGUCCUUCGACUCGCCGCUGCUGCCUCCCUCAGCGUCUCGGCUGCCUGCCUCAUACCUGCAGGCGUCGACGGCCCAGCUAUUGCCCGGGGCAGGGUACUUGGCAGGUGUGUCGGGUCUGCGGGACUUGCAUCAAUACCGUGCCGGCCUCCUGCACCCGCCCCACUACCCGCCCUCCUUCACCCACCUCCUGGCCGGCCUCUCCUCCAGACCCAAACUUCCUGAAUCUGACUAUGCUGCCCUGCUGGCGUCUGUGCCGGGGCUCCAGCCUUCCCUGGUGGCUCCGCCUGCACCUGUCACUCCUCCGGAUCCGCCGCGUACGACCAGUAGCUCCACGAGAGGUCGCUCCUCGUCCCCGGUGGGCGCUGUGGGCGGCGUAGACCAAGACCGCCGUGCCUCGUCCAUCGCGGAGCUGCGACUGCGGGCCCGAGAGUACGAACUGCGCCUGGAGAUGCAGCGGAAACACGGCGACGUGGUGACUUGAGUCUCUCUUCUCUGACGUGACCUCACCCACGCCCUUGCCUCUGGCGCCGAGCAGGAAGGGACGGAACAUGAGUCGUUAUCCGCAGCAGGAGGUGGCUGAGGGCGGGAGGGGACGGGAGGGGUGGGGGUGGCGCCGCUGGUGGCCGAAGCGGCGGCGUGAUGGGCGAAGUGCAAGUCUUCGUCCACCUCAACGAUCAAGAGAACAUUGUUGCCUUGGUCUCGGUCAACCUCACAUGUUUUCCUUGUUAACGCUCUUGCAGUCACUUGUUACUUAAGGUGCUUCUUGUGAACCUUGGCCUUCGAUUACUUUACUGUUCUUUAUUUCUAGAUAUUCGUUGUAACUGGUUCCGUCCGUCAGCUGUUGCUAACAUUACUAACUUAACGUAAGUUCAUUUUAAGUACCUCAGACCUAGCCUAAGUCUGUUGUCAUAUACGUAAUAAGGAACACCGUCCAGCCAGGAAGGGAGGGAGGGAGAAGGAGAGAGGGAGGGAGGGAGAAAUCACACCUGACAAAACUAUACACCUAAGACAUCGGUUCACCCUUACAAAUUAUCUUAGAAACUCUCAUGUUUAUAGAAUUAAUUGAUUAAAAUAUGGCGCUGCAAGAUGAAGAUUCUGCAGCGCUAAGUAUGUUAGUCAAAGAGGAAAGCACGAUAACAAAACAGUGGAACAUUUACUAAAGAUGUGAUAAUCAUGUAUACGUAAAGAAGCUCUAAUAAACCUACGGUGAGGCUCCAAAAAUCCGCUAAAGUUGUUCUUAGUAUUAUUGUAGAGACUUGAGAAGGUGAAGAAUGAAUAAAAAUUACGAGAAACUGUGAGAGGUAAGUUAUACGGGAUAAAAAGAAAAAAUAAGGAAAAAUAACAAUAAGUAAGGAAAAGACAACGAGAAAAGGAGAAAAAUAGAAGUGAUGCUAAAAUUACAAGAAAAAAGAAACUAAGAAAGAAAACACAGUGAACAGACACACACGCACUAAAUAUUUUUCGUUGGUGGAGAAAGAAAUAAUAAAGUAAAACAGAUAACAGUGAAUAGAAAAGGAAACAAAUAAUGAAAAAUGAAUCAAGUGAACUCAUGACAUAAUUAGAGGUGUUUUUUGUUCAACAUCCUCAGUGGUUGAUUAUCUGCCAUGGCCCGUCUUCAGAAACGCUUUGCUCUCACACCACGACUAUUUUCCAAGGCAACACAGAUGAGUAGCAGAGUUUUCAAGAGUGUUUCUACAGUUAAUAAUGUAGAAAUCUUGUCUCUCUGCCUGUAGAACCGUAAAAACACCUUAAAAACUCAUGUACAUUCAAAUAAAGCCUUUUGAAAUAGUGGAGUUGAAGCACGGAGGCGUUUGAGAAUAUCACCCCACAACAUCAAUCACCCUUGUUAAAUUGCCCAGUAAAUACCAACCAAGACAUAGACUAAACUGGAAGCAUUCACACGACUCCCUCUCCCUCGCCCCUCCCUUCACCCAGCAUCCCUCUAACCUCCCAACCGCAUGUCCCCCCCUAACAACCUCCAUUCACCCCACCUUCCUUCCUCCCCACCCACACACCCAGCAUCCCUCUAUUGCCAUGUUCCUUGAGAUGUUGUUGCAAUACAGUUUACAAAGAAA